AUGGGUUCAUCUAGCCCUAACUCCACACAAUCAUCAUUAACGGAAACUUCACCACAAAAUGCUACCACCACCACCACAACAACAAAGCCUAUUAAGAAAGUUAUUAAAAAAUCCAAAUACAGUCGAGGUGGAUGUGCUGAAUGCCGUCGGAGAAAAAUCAAAUGUGAUGAAUUGAAACCAUAUUGUCAUAAUUGUACCCGAUUAAAUAAAAUUUGUGUUUAUCCUACUAAACCUAAAUUUAAAUUCGAAACACCCAAAACAACAUUUAACAAUGCCAACAAUAAUAAUAUGAAUGCUGAUCAGGCAUCUCACAAUGGCAACAGUGUUUCAUAUCAAUUCUUGGAUGACAAAUACAAUAGCCGAAACUUACCAAUAUACUUCAACGACAACGAGACAAAUCGAAGGCUUUUAAAUGGUUCUAAUGGAAAUAACACUUCCAGCCUACAGCAGCAAAAUGGAAUGUCUUUUAUGGAAACAAACAAUCUAGGACCAUUACCAGCACCUCCUCCACCUCCACCUCUUCAUCCUCAACCUACGAAAAAGUUCAAAAUUAGUGAUAUGUUAUCCCCUGAUAAUGACAAUCAUUCGAACACCAACAGCAAUAAUAGAAAUGCUUAUGAUUUUAUAAAUAUGGAUUACUAUAAUUGGGAUACAUUGCCAAUAACUGAUCUUCAAAAUUUAUUUGAUGAUGCAAGUUUAUUAGUUCAAGAUUCUUUAGGAUUGUUUACUGCAUUUGAGAACGAAUUGGCCAUAGGACCAAUUGGUCAGGAUGAAAAUGAUAAUGGUGAUAAUCACAAUAAUGAUUUUCAAUUACCUGUUUUAGAUAGCUCUUCUGAUAAAAUAUCAAGUCUGAAUUCACCAUCUGCAACAUUAUCUCCAUCAUCAUUUGGAAUACCUCGGAAACUAUUAUCCAAUAAAAAAUUGAUUGAGAAAACAUUACUUGUUCAUGAUAUUCAGGGACCACAUAAAAUAUAUUUAGAUCAAUUAACCAAAACGAAAUUAAGUUAUCAUGUUUAUCCGUUUGCUGAAUCGAUUGAAACCAAUCAAGUGUUGAGGAUCUUGUUACAAUAUCUGUUGGAUUCACCUUAUUUAUUGACAGCAAUAUUAGCAACCAGUGCCACAUUUCAAUUUAUUGAAACUAGACAAUUGAUACAUAAAGAACAUCAGUUUAAAUACACCAAUAUAAGUCUCAAAUACUUAAGUGAGGCGUUCCCUCAAGAAUCAAAUAAAGAUAAUCAUAAUUCUGGUGAUACUAAUAACGAUAAUGGUAAUUUUAAAAUGAUGACUAAAGAUAUUGAAAAAUUAUUAUUGACUAUAUUAGUUCUUACUUUAAAUUUCACUGCGUUGGCAUAUUUCCAAAGAAAUAAUCCCGAUGGUUCAACUGGAAUAAGUAGUGUUAAUAAAAACAAUUGGAAAAUCCAUCUACGAGGGGUGAAAGAUUUGUUAUUGAAAUAUUCAAAAUUAGCACAUGCACACAGUAAUAAUCAACAAUAUAUAACCGAUGGUCUAGCGUUAGCUAAAACAUGGUUUUUCGCCAUUGAAUCAGUGGCUGAGUUGAAUGAUCCAUUGGGUGGAACCAUAAAGUAUUCAACAAAGAAUAUUUCUAGUCAUGUUGAUAUUAUCAAGACUAAUCAAAAUGUACUUGAUUGUUCUGAUCUGAGUAGAUUAUGGGUAGAAACUGGGUAUUUCAAUAGAGGGAAAAACCAAGAUUAUCAUGAUGCUCUAUAUCGUAUUGGAAUGGUAACUAAUCCCAACUUACCCAUUAGUACUCAAUUCAAUAUGUUUCUUGGGUUUUCUAUUGAUGUUGUUAAAUUGAUUGAUGAAAUGACUAAACUGUUGGAUUUAUUACGAGAAAAUAAACCAGGACAAUUGUCAGGAACUUGUAUAGCCAAUAUUUUCACCCUUAUCAGUCGAGCUAGAAAUAAUGAUAUUGUCCCAAAAGUAAACAAAGAAACAUUUGUUAUUCCAAAGGAAAGUAUCGGACAUCCAGAGUAUAAGGAAUUCGAUAAACUUGUUCUACCCAAAUCUUGUUAUACCCAUGAAAUUAUCAAUGAUAAUACUACUGGUACAAAAGAAACAAUAUAUUAUUCAUGGUACGAUUGGAGUGAACAAUUACAUAUCGAUAGUGUAUAUAUGAAGUUAUUCCAUAUUAAAGGCUUGAUGAAAUUGCCAAGAGAUCAUCCUUUGGUCCAAGAAUUGAAAGGUAAAGUGUUGACUUCAAUGUUUUUCCUUAAAGAUAAACAACAAAAUAUUGUGGAAACAACAAAAUUCAAUAAUGUGUCAAAAAUUUUCCUUGAACUGGAUCAUUAUUAUUUACAUUGUGAUUUAUUUGAUACUAGAGCAAUAAUGGCCCAAUCAUCAUUCCGUGAAUGCAUUAAAAUUGCCAAUAGUUUAUUAGAUUUUGAAAAAUUGGAAUUAUAUUUCCAAGGUUUGAUUAAAUUAGGUAAUGGGAGUUCAUUAUUGGCAUUAGAUAAUGUUAAGAAAUUUAAACAGAAUUUCAUUAAUGGUAAGAGUGGAGAGGAUGAUGUUGAUUUAGCAUUUGAUUCGGAGAUUAUACCAUUUUCAUAG